AUGACGUCUCCAAGUUCAUUCAAAGAUAAGUUCUACGAGAAGGUCAUCAACCCCUACCUACCGGAGGUGAUGAGACACCCUCAAACCAUUGAGAUGCGUGAGGGGGUGCUUCACAUCUGGGAUGUUAAAGGACCAAAGAAGACCGGGAGCGUGGAGACCAGGCUCGAAGCGAUGGAGCAGGAGAUCUUCAGGUGCCAAGGGAUGGUGGAGCAUGGACUCAACGCCAACAACUCCAUGAUCACGAAAUUCACCUGUGAUCACAAGCUGGACAAUAAAAAUAUUGGGGAGGCCAUCUUUAAGCUUCACAAGCGGAUUGGGCAACUUCAAGCUCAGAUCUACGACCUAUGUGUCUUACCGAAGCUUUGA